AUGGCUAGUGCUACUCCUCUCCGUCCUACUAAACUUCAGGAUGGUUUGAAAAAAAGGAGAUUGGAGUUCGAAUCGUCACCUUCGACGGACUUUUUGCGUGCGGCGGAGCAACUAACAAAGGACGAUGCCAUUCCGUUACACAUUCGAACUAUUCUGGCGUUUCUUCUAGAGAGCAAGAAGGAAAUGGAAGUAGUGGUACAAAAGAACAGUGUGACAGACAAACCAGACGCGGGGGUGGAAACCAGAGACGCUGGGGGUGGUGUUGCGAUUAUCACAAAAAGAAUGUAUAGCCCGCAAGUAGUUUACAGUGAGUCUGUUGACGAAGCAUAUGAACUUAUAUCUGUUGACUUGGAUAUGGCUCUUUGCAAGGUUAGGUUUGUGCUUGCUUACAGAUCUCCUUCAUGCUCAACAGCCGCAUUUGAGCAGUUGUUAAAAGCAAUUGGAGAUUUGAUAGCCGGUAUAAAUACGUUUUUUGUACUCGGUGAUUUUAACCUCCCUGAUAUUCCGUGGACUGAUGUGUCCUAUCCAAACCCCCCUGGGUCACUUGCACGUCGCUUCUUGGAAAUGUGUGAUUGUCUUAAACUAUACCAAGUUGUCUCUGAAGGCACUCAUGGCUCAAAUAUACUUGAUUUGGUGUUAACGAACAAUAAGGAGGUUGUGAAAGACGUUGUCAUACGGGCACCAAUUGGAAGUAGUGAUCACGCCUCCGUUUUAUUCAAACUUGAUCUCAAGAUUGAGGAGGUUGAGAAAUUAUCACUCCGGAGGGAUUUCAAAAAGGCGAAUUUCAAUGAUAUCUUGACUUAUCUUACUAAUCAUGAGCAUCUACCUCAACAUUUGGAAAGACUGAGUCGCAAAAAGAAUUCACUGUGGAAAAAAGCAGUAGUUAGUGACAGUCCGGCCGCCUGGGAAGCUUACAAAGGAAUAAGUUGUAUAUUUGAGAAACGACUGUAUAAAUUCCGUAGUCAAGUUGAAAAGAAAAUUAUCUAUUCUAGGAAUAAGAAUAAUCUGUAUAGAUUUCUCAGUACUAGGCUUGGCAAGAAAAAGGCACUGGGGAUCCUCCUUGAUGAAAAUGGUGUCGUGAUAACCAAGUGA